ACUUCUUAUAACUGAAAUGUGAAAUAAAACAAUAUAAGUAACUUAAUGACAUAUAAAUAUUUUUCAUUGAUUAAUAGGUAUUUUGUAAUUUUAUAAGACUUUGUGUUUCAUGUAUAAAUAGCCAAGAAACAAUAACAUAAUUUAUAUUUGUAACAAUAAAACGUCACGAAAAAAAUAAACGAAUAAAUAAAUAUGUCAGAUACAGAAGAUUAUAUGUCAGAUAAAUUUUUACAUGGAAUUGAAAAAUCUACUUCAUCGAGUCUCAUACAUCGACAUGCAGAUAAAAGAAAAUUUGAACUUAUGAAAAAGAAAACUCAGAUUGAAACAAAAUUGAAUGAAAAAAAUACCAUAAAACAUAUUGAGGAAGAAAAAAGAGAAGCAGGCUUAUCUUCUGCAAUUACAAGUUCCAAUAAAGGUUAUGAAAUGAUUCUGAAAAUGGGAUAUAAACCUGGUCAAGGCAUAGGUAAAACAGGAUCAGGAAGGAUUGAGCCAAUUAGCCUUGAAGUAAAAUUAGACAGACAAGGUUUAGGGGAAGGAAUUGCAAAAAAAGAAAGGAAAAAGAAAGAUAAUUCGCAUCAUGAUAAAUUAGAUAAUAAGAGUAUGAAGGAUUUUCGAGAUAGAAUUGCACAAAAAAGAACAGAACAAUUAUUAAAGACAGACUUGUAUAAAAGCCAAAAAGUUUGUCAGAAAUUAGAUAUGCAACAAGAGAUAAAAAAGCCUAGAGAAAUGUGGUUUUGGUUACCUCAAGAUAAUGAAGAUGAUGAUAAUAGUGAUACAGAGGAAGAUGAUGAUUUUUUGCCUGUUAGUGGAAAACUUGAAAUUUUAACUAAAUAUUUAAGAGAAAAAUAUUUUUAUUGUAUUUGGUGUGGAGUAGCACAUCUAGAUGAAGAUGAUUUAAGAGAUAAUUGUCCAGGAGGUACAAGAAAUGAUCACUAAUGCUAUUAAUUUGUAUUACUUCAAUUAAAAGUACAUAUAAAUAAAAAAAGAUAAAAUCAAAA